AUGUCAACCAAAGGCCAACAGCGUGCUGAAGCCGUUCUCAAAGGUGAAAAGACAACGCCUCUCUCACAAAAAAACACUAUCAACAACUUACUCCACCGAGCUAUCAAAUUUCGCAAGUCUCGUUAUGUCGAUCACAAAUUAGAUCAAUUCAAACAAAAGUUUGCACCCAUCAAUGGCGUCUCGGGCGUUGUUCAUGCUUCUUCAGCCUAUGAAUUGACAGGUGAACAAGUAGCAGAUCAAGUAGAUCCAAACGGAUUUGAAAUCCCUGCUAAAGUCUUGUUCUCAAAAGAUCGAUUGAAUCCUGGCUGGCAACAGAUCCAUCCUAUGGGACCUGGAUUAAAAGAUAUGGGUCACUUGUCUUCUUUGAAUGCAGUCCUUCAGGUCUUGACGUAUACACCUGCCUUGGCCAACUAUUUAUUAGAAAGAACCCACAGUGCUAAUUGUACUCUACAAGACUAUUGUUUUGUAUGUGCAGUGGAAGAACAUGUUCGAACUGCAUUAAAGGGAUCUUCUUACCCACUUCAACCUCGUAUUUUUGUUGGCAAACUCAAGAAAAUGAGCGCAGGAUCCACAUCAAAAGAUGCGUUUGAUGUAUGGAAGUAUUUCAUGGAGCAAAUACAAUCCUUUUUGUUAUCUGAAAAGACAUCCAAAGACAAGCGAGUACAUGAAACAACAGCUCUUUAUCAAAUGUUUGGUGGCCAUAUUCAAAAAAGACUGCAGUGUUCAGCAUGUAACAAAGAAGACAAUCACUAUGAUUCUUUUCUUUAUCUUUCUACAAGUAUUGCUCAAGGCAAUCAAGCAGAACGAUCUCUUUCUAAACAUUUUAAACAGCCAGUGUCUUUAUCAAGAGAAUGUCCUAGUUGUCAACAUGAAGGUGAAUGCAAAGGAAAACAAACCAUCUAUCGUGUUCCUAUGAACUUGGUGAUUCAAUUGAAGCGGUUUAAUGCAGAUGGAUCCAAAAUCACUAAGCAUAUCCAAUUUAAAGAAAAACUAGACAUUCAACAUGUUGUGACAGAGAAAGAAAAGUCAGUGGAUUAUAGUCUAUAUGCUGUCAUUGUUCAUACAGGGCAAACUAUCCAUGAUGGUCAUUUUAAGGCUUAUGUCAAGAGUCCAAGUGGUAUUUGGUAUUGUAUGGAUAACGAAGCUGUUCAAGUAGUGAGUGUCAACCGAUUGUUACAAGAGAAUGCCUAUAUGCUCUUCUAUCAUAUACCCCCAACCAAACUACAAAAGCAACCCACUACUCAACCUGUGGAAAUAUCUAUGGAAAGAUCUAUAGAAACAUCUGUAGAGAGAGUAGAACUAGAACUAGAAGAAGAAAGUGAAGAAGAAAGUGAAGAAGAAGAAGAAAGUAAAGAUGUACAAGUAUCUACUAAAGUCAAAGUAGAAAACAAAGCAGCUAUUGUAGUCCAACACAAUGAACAAAUGCAGUCUAAACGAGAUAAACUCGGUGCUUUGAUUGAAAAAGAAGUCAAUGAGAGUAAAAGUGCUGAAGUCAAACAAUUGCUGUUAGCCAAGACAGACAAUCAAUUCCAAGAUCAAAUUGAUACUUGGGAAGACACUGGUCUUGUUGAAAAACGAAACCAGACACUUAAGCAGAUCAAACAUAAGCGCAAGAAAGUAGAUGCUUAUGAUCUAGACUAUGAUCGUGGUAAAGUCAAGAAGGUUAAAAACAAGAACAAAAAUGACAAGUUUAAUAAGCCUAAUAUGUUCCAAAUUGCUUCUGAUAUGAAGCAACAACAAAAGAAAUAAAGCUAUUCUACUGUUGUUGUAUUGGCUCGACUGGCAAACACUAAAAUCCAUUUCAUGUUUGUCAGCAUGUAUUUUAAUGCCUUUGUCCAUUGUUCUAAUUGAUUAAAUUGAAUUCGUAUUGAUAAUUCACCAAUUCUGUCCUUGUUGAUACGGUAAGGAAGUCUCAAUGUCUUGUCUCUUUCUUCAGCAAAGUCUGUGAGUUGCUUAAGGCAGUUUAAGACAGCCA